AUGAUCUCAAAUACUUGGGAAAGAUUCAACGACUUAUCAAACACGGACUUUCGGGAUGUUCGAGAGCUUUUGAUAAAAUAUUACUUCGAGAAAGCAUUUGAUGAGGUGAUCUUUCUUUCUGCGGACAAAAUCGGUCUUGACCGUGCUACCAUCUCCAAACUCGAGUUUUACAUCGACAAGCUAGCGAAAUCUGCGGCGGCUAAAGCACGAAAUAGAACUGUUGCUGUGGUGACUUUCGGCUUACUCGGCAUCUCAAGUCUUUUGCCGAAAUUGGUCAAAACAUACACAGGCGUCGAUUUUCACAUUCUCACUGGAGCACCCUCGCCAGGAAGACCCUUCACUCCCUCAAGAAGCCCCCUUGGAACCGACGAAGAAGCCGUCUUUCAGAUUUUAACCGGCAUUGUCGGCGAGUAUGGCCAAAUCACGUGCAUUUUUGCCAACAAAGGGCCUGAACUUUUAAAAGAAGCUUAUUACAUUCCCCGAGCACUCAAAACUGGGGCCAACAUUUUUGGAACGCUUAUUAUGGGCAGCGGUGGUACAACAGAUGCUCUUAUUCAGUACAUGCAUGGGGAGGAUCCUUCAAAAAUAAACAUCCAAAUCGGCCCCGAAUCAGAAUCAAUCACCCUCGAAGCUCUUCUGCCCGAACUUCUAAACCGAAAUAUCAAGCUGGAGGAAAUAGGCGCUGCCGCAGAAGCGUUUUCGAUGCAUUCAUUAGACGGUGCGAUUCCAGACAACUUGCCGACUGGAGUUACUCUUGAUAAGACUGGCCGACCAGCUUGGCACUCCUUGGCUCGGCAACCUGUGUAA